AUGCUUAGCCUCCUUACGCUCGCUACCUUAGCAGCAGCAGCCCCUGCUGGCUGUGUCUGCAAGCCUAGACUAGUCUCUAGCUUGGAACACAAGGACCACAGAGUCGAAUCGUGUUCUGGUGUCAAUGAAGCCAACUACUUCUCGUGCACGGCUCCGGGAAGUGUUUCCCAGGAAUCCUGCUGCUACGAGGACUUUGGUGUGAUUAUGCAAACCCAAUUCUGGGACUACAAUACGGGUUCCAAAAGCGAGGGCGUCGAGAACGUCUUCACCAUCCACGGUCUUUGGGACGACUUGUGUGACGGCUCGUACAACCAGUAUUGCAGACCGGAGCUCGAGAUCUCCGACUCCGAGAGCCUUGAAGACAUCAUUGUGAACCAGUUUGGUCGCCAGGACUUGUACAAUGUGAUGUCGAACUACUGGAUCAAUACGCAGAACUCAAAUGUGGAGAGCGGCUCUCAGCUGCUUUGGGAGCACGAGUACAACAAGCACGGCACGUGUUUCAACACUCUUCGUCCUGAGUGCUUUUCUGGCGACUACAAAAGACACGAAAAUGCCAUUGCGUACUACCAGAAGACUGUCGAGUUGUGGGAGACCUUGCCCACCUACACUUUCCUUGAGAAUGCCGGUAUCACCCCCAGCUCUGACCGCUCGUACGCCUUGCUGGACAUCGAGGCUGCUUUGGCUGCUGGUCACGACGACAGUAAGGUUUACGUUGGCUGCAGAGAUGGGAAACUUUCUGAAAUCUGGUACUACUACCAUGUCAAGGGCAAUGUGCUUACCGGUGAGUACAAGCCAAUUGACUCGCUUGGAAACACCCAGUGUCCCGACCAGGUUUGGUAUCUCCCCAAGUAA